CACUAUUGCCUCACCAUGCCAUGCCAAUAAAAGGCCCUUGAUACGCUACCAUGCAACUGCAAGGAAACAAAUCACAUCUGAGCAACGCAAAUUAUUGCAAUGGCCUCUGCUCAGUGUGAGAAACCCAACACAAAAGUUGAAGUUAGCCAACCAAAAAGCCAACACAACCCCAAUACUGCAAUUGAAGUCUGCCAACCCAAAACCCAACACAGCUCGUUCGGCCAAAAAUUGUCUGAGAUAACUAGCAAGGCUUUCAAAGGGCGACAUGGUAGCAACCAAAAUCAACUUCAAUGCUAUAGCCAAACUCAGGUUGAGUCACAAGGCCACAAUGGUACCAAAACAGAGACUCACUAUUAUGGCCAAACUCAGACCCAAAAUGACAAAAAGCAUGGGGUCUCCAAAACCCAGAUCACAGUUACUGUGGUCCAAGCACAAAUUACCCACACCGAAGAGGACCCUUAUCCUUAUGGCACCACUACAACAUGCUUUGGGGCUCAUGCCAAGAAGAAUGGAGAGCUCAACAACAAUAAGAAGGAUAUGAACUUGUUCCGGAGGAUUAAGAAUGGCUUAUCCAGCUAUAAUAACAAUGAAGGAGGCAUCAGCAGCAGCAGCAGUGACAGUGAAAGUGAUGAUAAGUGCCCAAAGACAAAGAAAGGAGGAAACUGCAAACAGGACGCAACUAAAACAAAGCCUGUUUAACUGGCGGAAAGAACAUCAUCACAAAUAACAAGUGUGUUUACAAUUUCAUGAUGCUGUUCUUGUACCCAAAUAGUUGGGAAAAAUAAAUUCCAAUAUUUCAUUUGGCUGUGUGAAUCUUAUGAUAAAUAAUAUACGUUGAAGUAUACCUACAUCUACUGGUCUGUUCAACAACAGGAUCUUACAGUACCUGCGUUGCCUAGUCUGUUUGGAUUGAAGUUUGUAAAAUUGUUUGGAGUAAACUUAAUUUUGCAGAA